AUAGGUCUAUUUUUCAAAAACCUUCCCACCAAACACAAAGUUAGAUUGAUUUUCAAUUCCCUCUCUGGUGAAGCCUCAAUCUCAACUUCCAAUUCAAAUUCGUCAUCAUUGUUUUCCAACAUCAAAUUCACUCGUUUUCACUUUACCCUAUUUUAUCCUACUUAAUCUGAUUAGGGUUUUUCUUCGUCCACCGUCACAGUUCACGUUACCGUUACUCAAUAAGGUUUUUGUGCAACUGAGUUACGAAAAUGGCGGCGCCGUCGAACUUCGAGUACCCGACGCUAAAGCGGUCGGAAAUCGUUCAAAUACUAGCCCAAUUCGAAAUCGCAUCCAUAUCGGAUCACGACAUUACCAACCCCAAAUCCGCCGUCGUUCUCGAUCUCUACAUUCGCAUACUCAACCACCUUGGCUUUCUCGAUGAAAAUGACGAACAACUCGACUUCGAUGUACUAGAGCAUCUCGAUGAUCCCAAUCUCCAUGCUGAGUCAGUUCGCGUUUUGAAGGUUUAUAACAAGAUCAAGGAAGUGAUUCACAUUCUCCAAUGUCCCAAGAAAUUUCACUUGGGCGAUCUUGUUCUACCUGACCCUGCUCGGACCGUGUUUUUCCUCGGCGCUCUUCUCAAUUUCUUAAUCGACAGGGAUAGAAGAAUGAACUCCAUUUCUGAACUUGUAGAGGAAGUCAGCACUUUAGAACAGAAGAUAGUGGAUAUUGAAGAGAAUCAAAUUAUGCAGUUGAAUUUGGCAAUUGAGGAAUGCAAGGAAGCCAGAGAAAGGGAGAUACCUUUAGUUCAGGAGGUGGAUACAAAAGUUAAAGAGUUGCAACAAACGGUUGCUGAACUUAAUAAGAAACAGAGCUCCUUGAGGAGUGAUUUGAGUAAAUUAAAGGAGAAGACUAAGGAAAUCGACAAAAAGAUUUCUGUUGCUCAAUUUAGUGUGGUACAAAAUGUUCAAGAGAAUGCAAAUUUACGUUCGAAAAUUGCUCAAUCGCCAGAUAAAGUACAGAGGGCUUUGGAGGAGAAGAAAAUAGCUCGAGAAGAGGCCAGAAAUGCUGAAAGAUUAGCCAUGCAAACUUUCCAUGAGAAGAAUACCCUUGUCAAUGUUUUUUCCAAGGUUAACAAGAAAGUGUCGAAGCACUGCAAGCAGAUUCUGGCUAUAGAAGAACAGGUCAAUUCUGCCAAAUCUGUAGAAAAGAAUCUUAAAGCAUUAAAAGCUAAACUUGGUGACGAAGAAGUACAGGAGAAGACACUUGAGACCCAAUUGGUUGAAAGGCAAAGCAAAGUUGAGCAUAUUGAAGGGUUGAAGAAGCAGUUGGAAAAAAAAUACAAUAUUGUGAUGGAGGAAGGAUCUAAAUUAAUAAGCAAUAAAAAAUCAGAGGUGGAAUCAAAGAGAUCUGAGAUUGAAACUAGAGAGAGAGAUGUUGAGAAUGUGUUAUCAAAGGUGGAUGCUGUAAACAGUAAAAUUACUUCAGUAAAAGAAUCUUCAGCAGUUAAAAAGGAUGAAUUGGAUAGUACGAGAAGAGAGGUAGUCGAAGCGUUCCGUAAGUAUUGCCACAAGUUUGCACGGGUCGCUGAAUCUGCGCCAAAGUUCGCUGGAUUUGACAAUUUGGUUUCAAUUUAAUAUGGGCCAGACUUGGCUUCAAAUUUGUAGCACGUUAUCAUCAAAACCCUGGUAGAAUCAUAGAGCAAUUUAUUUUCCUUAAUUAAGGCAAAGGUGUAAAGAUAUAUAUAGCUGUUAUGCUUGAAGGAUGCUCAAAUUAUUGUAUAUAUAACUGCAUUCCAACAUAGACACUACAUGAAAUGCUUUUUAGGUUUGUCUUCCUCA